UCUCUCUCCCCCCCACAACUUGGUGACUCCAUGCAAAAUCUGAUCGGCUCCUUAAUUUGAUUCCCCCUAAUAAUCCCCGUUAGAUAUGUCAGUGAGGAGUUGGCAUUCGCUCCAUUACUUUUUGGCUGGGUGUUGUAUGUAUGAUCAUAACUUGUGACUUACUGUUAAUGAACAUCAACACAACCAUCGGGAUCGAUUCCCGAGUCCUGCUUCUCCUCAAGAACAGCAUCCAUCUCAUUCAUGGUCAUUCUCCAAAUAUGUCUGGAUGCCUCUAGCUACAGCUAGCUCAGGCAGGCACUUAAUAUCUCUCAUUUUUCUAACAUUCCCAUUUACCUGCUUUGCAAUGGGUGUGCUCCCGUAUCGCAGCUGUUCUACCAAUCGCCCCAUAUGGAUGACUGCACUUUAUUCAAUUUGAUAUAAUUAGGACUCCGUUCUCCCCCGGUCAGUCUCGAUAAAGUUAUGCUCACAUAAUAAGUAACUUUACCCUCAAACUACAAAUCCUACUAGUGUCUUGUGAUCCACGGCCAGCCAACACCACUCUUAGCUGCCUCCACUGCCGGUGAGAGUAAAAAGAAUAGCCAACUUCACAUUUUAAUUUGUUUCAUCAAUGAAUCUGACUCUUCACAAAGCCAAUCCCCAAGCAUGAGCCGUGUUCUUAGCUAUAGCUGCAAUUCGCUAGCUCAAGACUUCCAUCACCCAUCUCUGCCUCAGGUUCCUUAAGAAAUUAUUAGAUACUCCAUGGCCAUGGACGAGCUUAUCAAGCCUCUAAUGGGAUUGGUGGUGGCUUGGCCAGCGAGAAGGCAACAUUUGUGGUGGCCUGGUCAACAACGGUUGAACAAAGGGAGCUUGAUUGUCUGGCUAGGCUUUUCCUGGCGGUCAAAAUAGAUUUAAGUCAAAUGAUGAUGGAAAACACGGAAAUUAAGCCUCACAGGAUUGUGGAAAGUGUUGGAGAGGAAGUAAAAGAGUUGAAGAAAGGAGACGUGGUUAUUCCUGUCUUUGUGGGAGAAUGCGGGGAGUGUGAGAACUGUAACUCGGAGAAGACAAACUUAUGCCUCCGGCAUCCGCUCUCUUUUAGUGGCUUAUUACCAGAUGGCACAUCGAGAAUGUCCAUCCGAGGCCAGACCCUGUACCACCUCCUCUCUUGCUCCACCUGGUCUGAGUACACAGUGUCUGAUGUCAACUAUGUUAUGAAGGUUGACCCAGAUGUAGCUCUCCCGCAUGCUAGCUUCUUGUCGUGCGGAUUCUCCACUGGGUUUGGGGCCGCUUGGAUGGACUCCAAGGUCGAGAGUGGCUCCUCCGUGGCUGUGAUCGGCCUCGGUGCUGUUGGACUCGGGGUCGUAAAAGGAGCAAGGGUGCAAGGGGCCACUACCAUAAUCGGCGUGGACAAAAACGGGAUGAAGAAAGACAAGGGAGAAGCGUUUGGGAUGACUAAUUUCAUAAAUCCAGAAGCUCAACAGUCCUCCGGUAAUGCGGAUUCGAAAUCCAUCUCCGAAAUGGUCAAAGACUUGACGGGUGGAGUCGGCGUGGACUACUGCUUUGAAUGCUCGGGAGUACCUGACUUGAUCAACCAAGCACUAGAAGCCACUAAAGUGGGAAAAGGCAAAGCAGUGGUAGUGGGUGCAGGGCUGGACCAGUUUGUGCAGAUUAGUUUCCUGAAUCUGUUGAUGGGGAGAACAUUGAAGGGAACCAUUUUUGGAGGUCUCAAAAGCAAGACCCACCUUCCCCUCCUCCUCCACAAAUGCAAAAAUAAGGAGAUCCUACUUGAUGAACUUCUAACCCACGAGAUGAAAUUGGAGGACGUACCGAAAGCUCUUGACAUACUGAAGCAGUCAAAUUGCGUCAAGAUUUUGAUCAAAAUUUGACGCCCCAUAUGCCUAUUGCCUCCUUCCCUUUCUUUCUUGAGUUUGUCCAGUACGAUAUUGACCUUGCUUUGAGUUACUUUUUUUUUUCUUGUGAAAUUCCAAUAAUAUAUAAUCAAUCGAUGGAUCCAACAGAUUGUGACAAGGACUACCAGAAGCACAUUCACUCUACAACUAUUUUAUGCAUGGCAUUGAUCUCCGUUUAA